CUGCGGAGACACGCCCCCUCCCGCCUGUCCGCCUCGACCCCUUCGGGGGGCCCAGGCGGAGCCCAAAUCUCUGCCAGCGCCGCCGCCAUCGUCUGUGCCGCGUUCCUAGCUCGGCGAAAGACAGGCCUCGCGCUGGGACCCCCAUCGGCUUCUGAGGUGCCAAGAUGGUGGGGGAACUCCGUUACAGGGAAUUCAGAGUGCCCCUGGGGCCUGGCUUGCACGCUUAUCCGGACGAGCUGAUCCGCCAGCGAGUGGGCCAUGAUGGACAUCCUGAGUACCAGAUCCGCUGGCUCAUCCUCCGGCGUGGGGAUGACGGGGAAGGGGGCUCCAACCACGUGGAUUGCAAGGCUGAGCACAUCCUGCUAUGGAUGUCCAAUGACGAGAUCUAUGCCAACUGCCACAAGAUGCUGGGCGAAGAUGGCCAGGUCAUCGGGCCCUCCCAGGAGACAGCCGGGGAGGCUGGAGCGCUGGACAGAUCCGUGCUGGGGGAGAUGGAAACCGACGUGAAGUCUCUGAUUCAGAGAGCGCUUCGGCAGCUGGAGGAAUGUGUGGGCACCAUUCCUCCCGCUCCUCUGCUCCACACUGUCCACGUGCUCAGUGCCUAUGCCAGCAUUGAGCCCCUCACCGGGGUCUUCAAAGACCCAAGGGUCCUGGACCUGCUCAUGCACAUGCUUAGCAGUCCCGAUUAUCAGAUUCGCUGGAGUGCGGGCCGGAUGAUUCAAGCCCUGGCCUCCCAUGAUGCUGGGACCCGGACCCAGAUCCUUUUCUCACUAAGCCAGCAAGAGGCCAUUGAGAAACACCUGGAUUUUGACAGCCGCUGUGCUCUGCUGGCACUGUUUGCACAGGCCACGCUCUCUGAACACCCGAUGUCUUUUGAGGGCAUUCAGCUGCCACAGGUCCCAGGAAGGCUGCUCUUCUCCCUGGUGAAGCGCUAUUUGCAUGUCACCUUCCUCCUGGAUCAGUUGAAUGACACUGCUGCAGAAGCAGGAGCCCCGAACUCCACUCCUGAGGAGCUGAGUGGGGAGAGGGGUCGCCUGGAGCUGGAGUUCAGCAUGGCCAUGGGCACGCUGAUCUCAGAGCUGGUGCAGGCCAUGCGCUGGGACCAGGCCUGGAGCAGACAGGGGCCCUCGGGACAGCCCUCCGGUUCCAUCUUCCAGCCCCAGCCGGUGGAUGAGGGCCCAGGGCUCCCACCUGCCCAGGCCUUGCCUUUCCGCAGGAGGUCAAGGAGGUUUCGACCUCGCUCUGAGUUUGCCAGUGGCAAUACCUAUGCCUUGUAUGUGCGGGAUGCGCUGCAGCCGGGCAUGCGAGUACGGAUGCUGGAUGACUACGAGGAGAUCAGCGCGGGCGAUGAGGGCGAGUUCCGGCAGAGCAACAAUGGCGUGCCCCCUGUGCAGGUGCUGUGGGAGUCAACAGGCCGCACCUAUUGGGUGCACUGGCACAUGCUGGAGAUUCUGGGCUUUGAGGAAGACAUUGAGAACAUGGUUGAGGCUGCUGAUGAGUACCAGGGGGCAGCGGUCAGUGCAGCCGUGGGUACAGCCCUGCCGUCCUGGCGCUGGAAGCCCAUGACCGAGCUCUAUGCUGUGCCCUACGUGUUGCCUGAGGACGAGGACGCUGAGGAGAGUGAACAUCUGACCCAGGCCGAGUGGUGGGAGCUUCUCUUCUUCAUCAAGAAGCUAGAUGGCCCCGACCAUCAGGAGGUUCUCCAGAUCCUUCAGGAGAACCUGGACGGGGAGGUUCUGGAUGACGAGGUCCUGGCUGAACUGGCCGUGCCCACGGAGUUGGCCCAAGACCUGCUGCUGGCUCUGCCACAGCGACUCGAUGACAGCGCCCUCAGGGACCUGCUCAACUGCCGCGUCUACAGGAAGUACGGGCCCGAGGCCCUGGCAGGGCAGCCGGCCCACCCAUCCCUGUUGGAAGCCCAGGCCCAGCCUCAGGAAUCAGCUGAUGCAGCCAGAGUGGAAGCAAAAGAAGCUCCAACUCAGGGCUCCAACUCGCCGCUGCAGCGUCUGGCAGAGGGUUUCGGUCCGGCUGGGAAAAUCUUCCUGGAUCUGGAGGGAGCGUUCCGCUCAGAGGGGCCCCGGCAGGGAGAGGUCAAGCCCCUCCUUCUGCAGCUGCAGCGGCAGCCCCAGCCCUUCCUUGUGCUCAUGCGGAGCCUCGACACUCCUGCUGCCAACAAGCCCCUGCACCUGGCCAUUCUGAGAAUCCUGAUGCAGCUGGUGGAUUUCCCUGAGGCACUGCUGCUCCCCUGGCAUGAAGCCAUGGACGCCUGCAUGGCCUGCCUGCGGUCCCCAAACACUGACCGAGAGGUGCUCCAGGAGCUGAUCCUCUUCCUGCACCGCCUGGCCUCUGUGAGCAGGGACUAUGCCGUGGUGCUCAAUCAGCUGGGAGCCCGGGAUGCCAUCUCCAAGGCCCUAGAAAAGCACCUGGGAAAGCUGGAGCUGGCUCAGGAGCUGCGGGACAUGGUGUUCAAGUGCGAGAAGCACGCCCACCUCUACCGGAAGCUCACCACCAACAUCCUGGGAGGCUGUAUCCAGAUGGUGCUGGGCCAGAUCGAAGACCACAGACGAACCCACCGCCCCAUCAACAUCCCCUUCUUCGACGUGUUCCUCAGAUACCUGUGCCAGGGUUCGUGCUCCAGCAUGGAGGUGAAGGAGGACAAGUGCUGGGAGAAGGUGGAGGUGUCGUCCAACCCACACCGGGCCAGCAAGCUGACGGACCGCAACCCCAAGACCUACUGGGAGUCCAACGGCAGCGCCGGCUCCCACCGUAUCACCCUGCACAUGCAGCAGGGGACCCUCAUCAGGCAGCUGGCUCUGCUGGUGGCUAGCGAGGACUUGAGCUACAUGCCGGCCAGGGUGGUGGUGUUCGGGGGCGACAGCGCCACCUCCCUUCACACGGAACUCAACUCGGUGAAUGUGAUGCCCUCCGCCAGCCGGGUGGUCCUCCUGGAGAACCUGAGCUGCGUCUGGCCUGUCAUCCAGAUCCGCAUAAAGCGCUGCCAGCAGGGCGGCAUUGACACGCGCAUUCGGGGGUUGGAGGUCCUGGGCCCCAAGCCCACGUUCUGGCCGGUGUUCCGGGAGCAGCUGUGCCGCCACACACGCCUCUUCUACAUGGUCCGGGCACAGGCUUGGAGCCAGGACAUCGCGGAGGACCGCAGGGGGCUCCUGCACCUGAGCUCCAGACUCAACGGUGCCCUACGCCACGAGCAGAACUUUGCCAGUCACUUCCUCCCUGACGAAGAGGCCGCCCAGGCACUGGGCAAGACCUGCUGGGAGGCCUUGGUCAGCCCCCUGGUGCAGAACAUCACCUGCCCUGAUGAAGAAGGCGUCAGCCCCCUGGGCUGGCUGUUGGACCAGUACCUGGAGUGUCGGGAGGCUGCCCACAACCCGCAGAGCCGCGCAGCAGCGUUCUCCUCCCGGGUGCGCCGCCUCACCCACCUGCUGGUGCACGUGGAGCCCUGUGAGGUGCCCCCCGCGGUGGUGGCCUCACCUCGGCCCAAGGGCAGAAACAGAAGCCAUGACUGGAGCUCCCUGGCCACCCGGGGGCUUCCCAGCAGCAUCAUGAGAAACCUGACCCGCUGCUGGCGGGUGGUGGUGGAGCAGCAGGUGCACAGCUUUCUGACCUCACGCUGGCGGGAUGAUGACUUUGUGCCCCGCUACUGCGAACACUUUAGUAAUCUUCAGAAGGCGAGCUCCGAGCUGUUUGGGCCACGGGCAGCCUUUUUGCUGGCGCUGCAGAAUGGCUGUGCUGGUGCCCUGCUGAAGCUACCUUUCCUCAGAGCUGCCCACGUGAGCGAGCAGUUUGCCCGACACAUCGACCAGCGGAUCCAGGGCAGCCGGAUCGGUGGGGCCCGGGGAAUGGAGAUGCUGGCCCAACUGCAACGAUGCCUGGAAACCGUCCUCAUCUUCUCUGGUCUGGAGAUAGCCACCACUUUCGAGCAUUACUACCAGCACUACAUGGCGGACCGUCUCCUGGGCGUGGGCUCGAGUUGGCUGGAGGGGGCUGUGCUGGAGCAGAUCGGCCCCUGCUUCCCCAACCGCCUCCCCCAGGAGAUGUUGCGGAGCCUGAGCACCUCCGAGGAGCUGCAACGCCAGUUCCAUGUAUACCAGCUCCAGCGGCUUGAUCAGGAACUCCUGAAGCUGGAGGACACAGAGAAGAAGAUACAGGUGAGCCGUGAUGCCAGCGCCAGUGGCAGGGGCCGUGAGAGAGGGACCGGGGAGGAAGCUGAGCUGGAAGCUGGGGCUGUGGCGGCAGCAGCAGCAGCCGGUGUGGCAGGGGAGGAGGAGGAGGAGGACGAGAGCGAGGAUCUCUACUAUGAAGGGGUGAUGCCAGAAGUGUCUGUGCUCGUCCUGUCACCACGCUGCUGGCCCACCGCCUCCAUCUGCCACACGCUCAACCCCAGAACCUGCCUGCCUGCCUACCUGAGGGGCACCUUGAACCGAUACUCCAACUUCUACAACAAGCGUCAGAGCUACCCUGCCCUGGAGCGGGCCCCGCAAAGGCGACUGCAGUGGACAUGGCUGGGCCGGGCGGAGCUGCAGUUCGGGGACCAGACACUGCACGUGUCCACCGUGCAGAUGUGGCUGCUGCUGCAUUUCAACGAGCUGAAGGCGGUCUCUGUGGAGAGUCUGCUGGCGCACUCGGGGCUCCCUCCAGAUGUGCUGAAUCAGGCAAUUGGACCUCUGACUUCGUCAAGGGGCCCCCUGGACCUUGAUGAAACAAAGGACACCCCAGCAGGGUUGCUCAAGAUUCGAGACGGCAGUGAGGAACCCAGGCCUCGGAGGGGCAACGUGUGGCUCAUCCCAGCUCAGACAUACUUGAAAGCUGAGGAUGAAGAGGGCCGGAACUUGGAGAAGAGACGGAACCUUCUCAACUGCCUCAUCGUCCGAAUCCUCAAAGCCCAUGGGGAUGAGGGGCUGCACAUUGACCAGCUUGUCUGCCUGGUGCUGGAGGCUUGGCAGAAGGGCCCGUGUCCUCCCAGGGGCCUGGUCAGCAGCCUUGGCAGGGGGUCCACCUGCGGCAGUGCUGACGUUCUCUCCUGCAUCCUGCACCUGCUGGGCAAGGGCACGGUGAGACGCCAGGAUGACCGGCCCCAGAUGCUGUCUUAUGCGGUUCCCAUGACUGUCAUGGAGCCUCACACUGAGUCCCUGAACCCAGGCUCCUUGGGCCCCAACCCACCCCUCACCUUCCACACCCUGCAGAUCCGCUCCCGGGGCGUGCCCUACGCCUCCUGCACAAGCACCCAGAGCUUCUCUACCUUCCGGUAGCCCUGGAGAGAGGGUCAGGGUUAGGUAGGGCUGGGGCUUUCCACAGAAUAAAAUGCAGGAGUUUGAUUACUUGGCCUGUGUGGUAACUGCCAGGGAUCUGCCAAGGGUGGGGACUUUCCUGGCUGAAAGGAGACAGGAGCCCUCAGCUCCGAGGCUAAAUCACGCCAUGCCAGGGUCCUUUGGGUGAGGAUGGCAGGCUGUGUGUGACUGAGCACCCUCCUCUCAGCUGGGGGAAUUAAGUGGACUCCAGGGGUGGGCCUUCUUGGAGGGUAUGUGGUUAGAAGAGCUUUCACCUGGCAGGCUGGAGUCAAGCCCAUCUUGCCACGAGCUGGAUGGCUUGCAACUUCAGCAGAUCAUCAAGCAGGGAUCUAUUUUCCUUGUUUGUGGAAUUGACUGGACACUGUGCCUUCUGGAGCUAAGGCUGACAGGGAAGGUGAGAUAAAGGACCCUUGUGGCCACUGCAGGCCCCCAGGACCAUGUUCCACCUGGAAGCUCUAGGAUCUGGGUUAGAAGGAACUGCAGCUCCCACGGCUCUUCCUUGCCCCUGUGCGCUCCUGCACACCAGUAGCCUUCCCUGCCCAUGGGACUGUCUCUGCAGGGCAAACAUUCCCAGGCUGUGACUUUUGCUUCCCUGAUCCUUAGAACCCUAGAGCUGGUUUGCACACCGAGGACCACAUAAUGAUCCCGUUUAUAGUCAUGUCCCCCAGUCAGCCAGUCCAGAGACAGAACGUGGUUUAGUGGUUGCCUAUAGUUGGGGGGAUUGGGAAAAACUGAGGAGUAACUGCUACAAGGUAUGGCAUUUCUUUUAGGGGUGUUGAAAAUGUUAAAUUGUGAUGGUCAAUUCUGUCAAUGUAUUAAAAAUCACUGAAAACACUUUAAAUGGGUAAAGUAUAUGCUACGUGAAUUGUAUCUCAACAAAGCUGUUAAUAAAAACCAAAACCAACCAAACCGA